AACCCGGGAGAAGCAGCGGGAGCGCGGCGGAGCGGCAGGAUGAGCAGACCCCUGAGGGAGAAGCUCCAGCGCCUGCAGUGCCACUUCACCUGGGACUUCGAAAUCAAGGACAAGGUGGACGUGACACACAUCCUUAAAACCCUGGCUCUCCGCCUGAAGCAUGCCCCGUGCCAUAACCAGGGCACCUAUCUCGCCCUGAAGGCCUAUCUGUGCCAUCUGGAGGGGUGCCCCAAAGAGGCCUUGGCCACCCUGUGUGAAGCAGAGGAGAUCUUGCGGAGGGACCAUCCGGGCACCUUCUCCCGCCAGAUCCUGGUGGCCUACGGGAACUAUGCCUGGAUUUACUACCACUUGACCGAUUAUGACCGGGUGGAGCUCUACCUGGGCAAGAUCCGAGCCAUCUGCCGGGACCUGUCCAGCCCCGAGCCCUACUCGGCCCCGAUCCCGGAAAUCUACGCCCAGCAGGGCUGGUCCCUCUUGGCCGUGGGCUUCCGCAACGGCGAGCUGGCCAGGCGGUGUUUCCAGAAGGCCCUGGAGCAGCAGGGGUCGAGCGAGGAGCUGCAGGAGGGCCUCGCCUUCUCCGCCUUUGCGGCCUGGACCCACUCUUGGGAUGAUGAGGUACAGGAAGAGGGCCAGAGGUUGUUGGAGGGGCUGAUCCGUAGCCAGCCCGAAAAUUACGAAGCCAAAGCAUACUUGGCGAGCAUUCUCCUUAGGAAAGACCGUGAAAGAGCAGAGCGCCUGGCCGAGGACGUGGUCCAGAACAGUCUCAACCCAGAAGUCCUGAGAGUUGCCAGCAAGGUUUUAAAGUUCCGCUCGCUCUCCUGCGCUAUUUCCGUCCUGAAGAAGGCCGUUGCCCUCCAAAGCGACUACCAUCUCCUGCACUUCGACCUGGGGAUCUGUUACACGACCCUCUUAGAGAAAGUGCCAGAGCUAGAGAGGGCGCAAAUCAGGGAGGACGCUGUCGAGAGCUUCAAACAGUCUCUGGAAGCCGAUCCUCCCUCCGUGUUCUCCCGGCUGAACUUGGCGAAGCUGUACGGAGGAAGGGCCCCGCAUUUCGAGGAAGAGGUCUACCUGGGCGUGAUGGAGGAGCUGCCCACGGCCAGCAAGAGGUGCCAGCAGGCCUUCUAUCGCCACUGGGGAGACUUCCUCCUGCACAGGAAGGGGCAGAGGUGGCCGGUGCCAACGCUGCAGGGCCGGAUCGCUGCGGUCGACGGGCUGGACGCAGACCCCUGCAAGGAGUCUGGGUACCGCUCCCGCAAAGAGGCCAAUGCCCGUUGCAAGGUGCUGAAGUCGCCCCCGUUCGAGCGCUGCCACGCCGUGGUGUCCCCGGAGCCCUUUUUGCCUCCUGCGUGUACGACCUCUGCGCCUGCGGGGCCGCCAACAGUGACGACUGCCUCUGCGAGUCCUGGAGGCCUACGCCAGCCAGUGCCGCCACGCUGGCUUGGCACUCCAGUGGCGCUCAGCUACCCUCUGCGCUGUGGGCUGCCCCCAAGACCGGGCUACGUGUUUGACGAGUGUGGCCCCCCCCUGCCCAAGACCUGCUUCAACCAUGCUGUGCCCCCAGGCGUGCUGGAGUCCCACUGCUUUAAGCCCUGUGUGCCAGGGUGCCAAUGCCCAGCAGGCAUGGUGGCACACGAGGCCCACUGCAUCCUCCCGGAGGCCUGUCCACCCAUCAUCCACGGCACCCUCUGA